GGAACAUCUUAGAGAACCAGAAUGGCGUUUGCUGCUCAUCUCACCCCUUCCCUCUGACUGACUCUUCGAUAAGUCCAACAAACAGGGUUUUUCUCUCGUGAAGUAUGGAGUCUGGGACGAACGCUCUUCACUCUGAUCACGAUGAAAAGGUCGCCUUCGGGCUGGACAGGAGAAUCAUGGCUGGCCGAGGCGAGCUUGACGAAGGACAAGACUCUCGCGCUAACUACUGGCGUCACCUCCUCCGUGCAUGGCACCUGUCUCAGAUCGUCAUCGGUCUCGCAGUCCUGGUCCUUCUCCUGCACCCUGCGCCGCUGAAGGCGAUCUCUUUCAGCAUGUCUGACGCUCUUAUCGUCGCCUUGGAUUGGAAGUUCGACGAGCCUACGCUAUGCCCACAAGUUGACCCGAUCGCGCCCGAGAUAUAUGCAGUGCUAGCGGACGCCUUGGACGAGGAACUCAGCACAGAGGAGUACAGGCUAUGGGCAUACGAGAGUCUGGGAGGCGCAGUAAGAAUACCAACGGAAACGUACGAUGAUCUUGGUAAACCCGGCGAAGAUCCACGCUGGGAAACGCGUCUGCUCCUUCACGACUACCUCCAGAACAGAUUCCCUCUCGUACAUGCAAACCUGCUGAAAACAGUCGUGAACCAGUUUGCCUUGGUAUAUCAUUGGCAAGGGACAGACGCGUCGUUGAAACCCGUGCUUCUGACCGCGCAUCAAGAUGUCGUACCGGUGGACCCACGCACUGCAGAUCAGUGGAUUCAGCCGCCCUAUUCAGGUUACUUCGAUGGCGAAUGGAUAUGGGGUCGUGGAAGCUGUGACGACAAAUCAGGUCUCAUUGCUAGCUUAACAGCUGUGGAGUCGCUGCUUCAGAAAAGAUUCUCUCCUGCAAGAUCGGUCGUGCUCGCGUAUGGCAUCGACGAAGAGCGGGGUGGUGUAGAUGGCGCGUCGCACAUCCGCGAUCACCUUCUGAAGACCUAUGGACGACACGCAUUUUCCUUCUUGGUCGACGAGGGGGGAGGAUACGAAGAACGCAAUGGAGUCAUAUUCUCAGCCCCCAGUGUAGCAGAAAAAGGCAAGCUAAAUGUGCGCAUCGAGGUCACGACUCCUGGUGGGCACUCUAGCGUGCCGCCUCCCCACACAAGCAUUGGUCUCCUCUCAGCACUCAUAACCUCUCUCGAAGCAAACCCGCUCCCUGCGACUCUCUACAGAAACAGCACCUACUUCCGCUCGCUGCAGUGCACUGCCGCACACGACCCUGGGCUCUCGGACGAAACGCGAGACCUGAUCGAUCGUGCACGGCUGAACGACGGCGCUUUGCGCGCUCUGCAGGAUGUCCUCACCAGCGCCGAUGAGAGUCGGUUCAGGGCCGUCACGGGAACGACGCAGGCGGUAGAUCUGGUCGGAGGCGGUGUCAAAGUGAACGCGCUGCCGGAAAGCGCGUGGGCGGUCGUGGAUCAUCGCAUUGCGGACCAUAGCACUGUUGUUGCCCUGCAAAUGCGCUACGUCGAUCUGCUUGCGCCGAUUGCCUCGCGUCUUAACCUCUCGUUCGAAGCUUUCGGUAAGCAAUUCGCGCACGGCAACAGGGAUGACGAGGACUUCGUCGGCCGUGUCAAAUUGACAGAUGCGUAUGGCACCGCGCUUGAUCCAGCGCCCAUCUCGCCCACGGCGGGCAAUGGUCCGUGGGAGCUAUUAUCUGGAACCAUACUGUCCACUCUAGAGACGGCGCUAAGGAGCAAGUAUGCGGAGAAAGACGCCGUGGUCGUGCCUGGCUUGUCCUUGGGCAACACAGAUACGAGGUAUUAUUGGAAUCUCACGCGGCACAUAUUCCGCUAUGGCCAUCGCGGCACGGAGGACGCGUACAACGGCGCACACACGAUCAAUGAAGCAAUCAAAGGGGAAGGCUUCGUGGAGAUGAUCCGCUUCUUCGCCAGAUUGAUACUGAAUGCAGAUGAGACGGGGCUGUUCGACUAGAGGCUGAAAUCAGUGGGUGUUUUUUGUUGUUGUACGGUUCUGUAUUUCGCACGCACGAUUGUAGCAAUGCUGUACCGGUGUCCGUUGUUCGUUCCAAGUUGGCACGUGAAGCAGUC